AUCAGACGUCAGUCCGCGACCGUUCGGGAUCGAUUAAGUUCACCCACCGCUUUUGCUUCAUUUCCUGCCGUUCGUGUUUCUGAUUUCAAUAACCUCGUCGCGUCUGACCACACUCCCAACAUUCAUGGUUUAACUCGUUUAAUAAGAAGAAUUUCGAGAGCAAAAUGGGGUUCGGCCGGGGCAGAGUUUUUUUGUUCGCGGCCCUCCUGUUCUGUUGCCAUAAAGGAAGCGGUGGCAUCAUCGUUUCCGAGAUCCUGGAUAUUCUGAAUGUGGGCAAAGAGGUGGCCGUUUCCUUGGUGAAGGCGUGGGAUCUGGUCGAUCAAAACAUCGAAUUCUCCGAGGUGCCGAUUCCGAUUUUACAUAAAACCGAGAAUAAACUGUUCGGGAAGAUCGAAAAGAUCAACUCCCGGCUGGAGGAGAUGUCCGGUAGGAUCGACAGCAUCGGUACCCAAUCGAUGACCACGAUCCUCCAUAGUCUCCCGGAUCGCGUCCGUUUAGAAUUGAGGCUAAACGACCUCCUGGACUAUCUGACCCGUAUGCAAACCAGCUAUAACCGUAUGCAACAAUACGCCACCGAGCGUAGGGAGUACGAACGACUUACCCUGGAAAAUUUCGCGAAAAGCGUCAUUUCCCACGACACUAAUUCGGCGAUAAAUUUAGUCGAGAGGAUCCACGCGUUCGUGGUGCCGAACGGACGGGGCAUCUCCAAUACCGGACUGUUUGAACUUUUGGCGAUUUCCAUGCAGGAAGUCGAAGGGGACAUGAUAUGCAGCACCAACCAGAGUCCCCAGCAAGUACUAUACAACUUAUACGACACCAUAGCCCUUACGGAACUCAAGGGGUACACCAUGGUGCAGUUUUCUUAUAUGUUGCUCCGGUUAUAUGGACAUGGAAAUUUCACCAAGGAGUCCCAACAUAGCAGGGAGCGCUACCAGGAAAGAACCAACAACGCAGUCCAAAGCAUCAAGAGCGCCAUGCAAAACGUAUCCAGAGACCUCUGGAAAUGUGAUCCAAAAAAACAUGUUAAAGGUGAUACCUACGUGGAAAUCACCAAUUUGCUGCAGGGGUACGUGCAGAACGAGGUGGAUCUCAAUCCGGAGGGUACCUGCAGAGAGAACUGCGCCGAAUACGUUUACACCAAAUCCCACGGAUGCUACGCGAACCAGUUUUGCAGGCAGCAGAGGAGCUGUAGCGGUAAAAUUAUCGAUUGCAAGUUUUUCGAUUCGGACAUGUGGAUUUGUAAUGCUAAUCCCCUCAGUGGCAGAAGGUACGAAUAUAUCGAGUACGAAAACGGGCGAAUAUUGGGAAGAAAACAGGGCUGCGCCCGAGGCAGUACCAAAGUGGACAGCUGGUGGCGCUGGCUGUUCUGGCACUGCUCCUACUGCUUCUGCCUGUGCGACGAACAAGGCCCGAUGUCCGACCGAUACUUCAGCAUGAGAUCCGCCAUUUCCGAUUUGGAAAAUAACAAAGUGGUAACGGGAAUGCGUUUCGUCAAAAAGAACCGCAUCAUCCAUCUACAGAUUCAGGAGGCCGAACUAUUACCCCGAUUGACCAUAAACGAGAGUACGGUAGCAUGGAAACCGUUGGAAGAGUUCAAGAUAACCGAUAAGAAGAUUUAUAACGGACAGGACUACCAUACGAUGAGUUGGGAGAAAAGGGCUUUAGAUCUGGACGAUUUGGAGGCCGAUGACGGUUAUGUGCUCACCGGGGUGCGCUUCAAAGAAAUCGGUUCCCAUUUGAACUUCGAGAUCUACACCACCAAGUUUGACUUUGACAGUGGUAAACUGAAGCCGCAGCACAGCAAAUGGAAGGAUAACCCCAAUACCGAGGCGUCUCUCAAUAAACCCAGGACCAAAGUGAAGUUGACGCAUCCGGAUAUCCCGACGAGGAGUACCGGGCCGUCGAUACCGACGUCGCAUUCCGAUCAGUACAUCGAGUUUACGCAUUCCGAUAUCGAUAGGGACGCCGCGCAGACCACGGUGCCAUAUUUGGACGCGCAAAAGGUGGAAUCCUUAAAGGUGGUACCGCUCUCUGGUGCGGGGAUUUACCACAAGGGACGUCAGUUUUUCGGCGGUUUUAUCGCCCCCAAGAUCAUCACUUACGAUUUUAGUAAGUUUUUGAAGCCCGUGUUUCCAGAGGAGGAAGUCAAUUAUCAGUCGUUCUGUUACAAAAUGACACCGAUAACCGCCCUUGUGGCUAUUUUCCUCAUCGUAACGGUACGAUCGGAGAACAUCACCGAAAAACACCUGCUGGUGGACAAACUGCGAACGGACUUUAUGACGAUCGAGGAGCAACUGUGGAAUUUCGUGUUAAAUCAGUCGCCAUUCAUGUCAGAGACCUCGGCCGAAGAUAAAGUGAGAGAGAAAUUCUUGAAAUUUAGUGAGGAGAUAAAGCAAGUUCCCAGUGACAUUUUAAGGGGCACCGGACCUUUAAAGACCGUCCACUCCUUCCUGUUCCUCUACUCGGACAUUAAGCACCUGGACCACAUUUACUCCAAGUUCCUCGAGUACCUUGAGGGCCACAAAAAGGUCCAAGGACUCUCUCAAACCGAUAAGAAGUCAGCCCAAGCGGUACCCAUAGAGACCGAGGAUAUGGUUUAUGACAUAUUGAACCCGAACACGGGAGCAUACGACACCGUCCUGAAGAUCUACAACUUGACGUUCGGAGAGGAAAAUAUGGCUUUGAAAAUUAUCGAUUAUUUAGCCAAGAACCCUUGCGAGUACACUCAGUCCCCGCAGCAAGUUUUUUACAAUCUAUACAACGUGAUCGCCCUCAAUGGACUCAAGAGCUACGCGCUCUCGCAAUUCGCUUACAUGACCAACGCCAUCAGAGACGAAGGCAACUACACCGCCCAGUCCAAUAAAAUUAGGGAGGAAUUCGCGCACAGGGUAAACCAAACCAUGUCGGUGUUCAGAGGCGCCAUGAUAAUGAUGCCCAGGGACUUGUGGAAGUGUGACGCGACCCAUUACGUCAGAGGGAAAACUUACGACGAGUUCACCAGGCUGCUGCAGGGUCACAUUCAAAACGAAGUGGACAUGAAUAAUCAGGGGACUUGCACGGAAAACUGUGCCCGGUACUCGGUGAGCACCAGCACCGGGUGCUACGACGGUGACAGCAAGUACUGCCGCGAAAUGGAGAGGUGCGGCGGGAAGUUGCUGAACUGUCGGUUUGUCGAGAGCCAUAUGGAGAUUUGUCCUUCGAAAUACCCUUCAAGAAGAUACGAGUACAUAAAAUACGAAAGCGGUAAGACGUUCGGUAAGAACCAAUAUUGCCAUAAAAAGCCCAUAAACAGCUGGUACAGGUGGUUCGUGCAUUGCUCCUACUGUUUCUGCCUCUGUGACGAGGAAUCCAGCAAAUCCGACAGAUUUUUCAACUUAAGGCCCGUCCUAGCGAACGUCCGAGACAACCGGGUUGUAACCGGGAUAAAAUUCAUAAAAGUCAACCGGGUGAUGCACUUGCAAAUCCAAGAAGGAAAACUGCUGCCGUACGGUUACAUCGACAACCGGACGGUCCAUUGGGUGCCAGUGGACAGCUACAAAAUUACCGAUCCGGGGGUAUAUAACGACCAAGACUUUUUCAAGAUGAAUUUUAAUAGACGAUCUUUGGCUUUGGACGACGUUCAAACCCAGAUGAAGGAUGAUUAUGUGGUUACAGGUGUCAGAUUAGUCCACACGAACGACAAACUAAGACUGCAAGUCCGCUACAACAAAUUCAACUGGACCAGCGGACUAUUGUCCCAAAACGACCAAAUGGACGUGCACUUGCUCACCGGAGGCAGAAAUAAAAUCGAUCUGAGUGCCUCAGAUGUGCCGAUUAAAACCGCCAAACCUUCGGAGAAUUUGUAUUUCCCAAGCGAUCAAUUUGUGGAGUUUACGCAUACGAGCGAAAGCGCCGACGCGGCUCAAACUACGAUUCCCUUCGUCGAUAUCCAGGCGGUCACGAACUACCCCCAAGUGCCUUUGGCCGGGAUCGGGUUGUAUUAUAAGGGUCAACCCGGUUAUGGGGGAUUUAUCGCUCCCAAGAUAAUCACUUUCAAUUAUAAUCGGUUUAUGACCGUGAAGUUUAAUCAGUGGAAGGUGGAUGAGGAUUUUGGGGUAGAAGUUAAUUAGGGUCGUUGCUUGUAUGUCAACGUUUCUUUUGGAUUUUUUGACUCAAGAUCUAUUUUGUAAGCCAUGAAGAUUUUUUUUUUUUGAUAUUUAUUGGUAUUUGGGGGUAUAACUCAAAAAUCGCUUUAGGUAAAUUUAUUAUUUUUUAACACCAAUUUAGGGGAUACUUUGGAGAUUGAUUUGGCGCAAACACUCGUUUCUUCUAGUUUUUUUUUAAUAAUGUCUUUAUAAUUUGGUGAUGCUUAGAGGCACGUGAUCAAAUACCUAAAAGUACUUUCAACUGGAAUACAUUUCAAAAAACUUUCUAGGCAUUCCAAACCUGCAUAUAUUUUAAAUAGGAAACUUGUAUUUUUUGGAAUAAAACCGCUUGCAUGAAAAAAUAAUAUUCCAACUGCCUGGAAUAAUUUUAAAAAAUAUUUCAAGGCACAUUUAAAAUACAGCGAAAGUGUACGUUCCAAAAAAAUGUGCUUUAAUCAAAAUUAUUAUGAAAAUAUUUCGACUGCCUGGAAUAAAAAAAAAAAACAAAAUUGUUUCCAUACAUGACAACUUUCGUAUUCUCUGGAAAAAAAACGAAUGACGCCAUGGAUGUCUGUUUUCAUGGAAGUACUUUCAAGUACCUGGAAUGAAUUUUUAAAAAUAUCCCAGGGAUUCCAGACCACCAAUCUUAAAUAGGAAAUUUAUAUAUUUUUUCAGCAUUACAACUGCCUUACUUAUAUAUCAGGGUUUCACACAAAUUGGGACUUUUUUUUCCGAUUAUUUUCACAUAUGAAAGUUCCUUGUGGCUCGAAGGAUUUUUAAUUCAUGGUCAAUUUUAAAAGUCAAGAUUUUUAACUUCAUUGGCAUUUAAGGGCAAAACAUAAAAAAACCACUCUAAGUAGAUUAAAAAUUUUUACAUCAAUUUAGGAGAUUAAUUUGGUACAAACAACUCAUAUGGGUGAAAAAUUCCCUAAAAUAUAACGUAUUUGGUUCGAGGUCUGUUUGACCCACAUUUCCUCUAAGUAUUGUUUUUAUUUUUUCAGGCAAAUAUGAGGUAUAUUUGCCAAUUAUUCUCAUAUAUGAACGUUUACCGUACCUCAAAGGGUUUUUAAGUUAAAACUCCUAAGACCAGAACAAUUUAUGUAUGUUUUUCAAAUAUCCUUCGACAUACUGGUAUAUAAUUUAAAAACUACUUAAAUCUUUAUAUAAAGGAUACCACAAGAAAUGUUUUAACUUGAAAAAUUAGAAUAAUUUUUGUUUCACAACCAUUGUCUUAGCAGUAAGAGGAAUGUAUCGUUUUGCUAAUAUAUAUCCACAUAAAAUUA